AUGUCUCUUUCACCGCCUCCUGUAGAUGAGGAAGAUCAAGAACCUCGCAGAGGAGGGAGAACAAGGAAGCCUGUUGAGAAAUUUCAAGUUUCUGGAACAGCUACAAAGAGAGGCAAAAGGAAGGAAAUAAAUCAAGCCGAUUCGGACUCGGAUCUGAGUGAGAGCGAUUCCGAUGCUGAGCUCGACAAUUCUACACCCACAAGGGGAAAGAAAAGAAAGUCCACUGGUGGUGCAGGUACUACAAAAAAGGCGGCCAAAGCUACUUCGAGUACAAAGAAAAAAGGAAAGAAGGCUGGAAUUGCAAACGCGGAACAAGGCGAGAUCGAUGGCGCAUCAGGCGUCAAAAAUGAUUCACCGUUAUUUAACGCUUUCCUGUCCCCUGAUAUCGCCCUUCAACCAUUGAUCGACGAGUGGAUCGAAACGUUCCAGCAAGCUGCCGGCGAUGAAGUGUCUGAACAAGCUUCAAUUCAUGAAAUAGUCACUAUGUUCAUAAGAUGCUGCGGAUUGAAUUCUGAGAUCGAACAAGCUGAAGCUAUAGAUACGGAUGGUAUCACCGAUGCUGUAGAAAGGAUACAGGAUGAGAGCGUUAGAGUCGCUUCCGCUUCUUACCCUCUCACAUCACGAGGAAAACAAUAUAAUGCUUUCCGUAAAAAUCUAGAUUACUUCCUUCAUCAUCUCAUCGACUCACUUUCGAAUACGCCUAUAUUAUUCGAUACUCCCGAAACAAGUUCUCAUAAUGACUUGCUUCUUCCCCUAUUACUGAAUUGGUUGAAUUGCAUGUCAACCUCACCACUUCGACCCAUCCGACAUACAGCGACGCACAUGGCUCUGAAACUCAACUCGGCACUCUGCGAUGUUGCUGCUUCAGUAAGCAAGGAUCUGAGUCUGAAACAAAGGCAGAAAGAGGCGGAAGUGAAGAAAAGCGGUACAUCGAACGCGGCUCAGAAAAGGGUAAAGGAUGCUGAGGAGAAGGUUGCAGAAGCUCAGGGGAGAAAACAAAGAGUAGAGGAGAUGUUUCAGGAGAUUUUCGAUGUCAUGUUUGUGCAUCGAGUGCGAGACGCAGAUCCGGCUAUCAGGACGGACUGUUUUCGAGAGCUUGGAGCAUGGGCUAAAAAGUAUCCUGAAUACUAUGUUUCUACUUCCUAUCUCACCUACUUUACCAAGGGAUGCAAUGAUCAAAACUCUCAUGCCAGACUUGAAACGGUCAAAGCUCUUUCUUCUCUUUAUUCCAAAGACUCCUUCAUCAACAAUGCUCGUACUGUAACGUUGAGGCUAGUACCUCGUCUUAUCGAGAUGGCCUUGCGAGAUGUCGAGCACGCAGUCAGAGUGACCGCUAUCAAUGUCAUCACACUCAUUGACAAAACAGGUAUUCUGGCGGAUGAAGAUGAAUCGCAACGAGAGAAGGUUGCUCGACUGAUAUUCGAUCAAGAUUUCAAAGUACGAAAAGCUGUUGGUGGAUUCAUAGGCAAUCUCUGGGAAGAAAAGAAAGAAAGUCUUAAAACUGAAUGGAGCGGUGCAAGAGCCGCAAAGAAAAAGAGAGCUGCGAAUAUAUCGGAAGAUGAUAUGGCGGCCUAUUUGGAUUGGAAGGCUCUUGCUACCAUGCUCGUCGAAAUCUCUCAGUCUCUUGAUGACCCAGCUGAGCCCUCUACUUCAAGUCAGCAACCCAUUACAUCAUCAAUCAAUGCCCUGACUCGAGCCAAGGCAUCUGUGGAAUCUAUAUGUGCUGAAUACGAACUAUGGAAGGAUUGGCAAGGCUUGGUAGAUUAUCUGCUACUCGAUCAUUCGACCGCAGAUCAAGAUAUAUGGCUCUCAAGCGAAGAUGAAGAGACAUUCAUGCUUCAAGUCUUAAUCGCUCUCAUACAAAGGGAAGAUCAGGAUGAGGAUGAAGAAGAUCGCUCGAAAACUCUUAUGAAAAUCCUCCCUAGAUUAUUUGCUAAACACCAAACUGAUGUAGGUAGGAUAGGGGGGAUUUUGGCAAUGCUUGGCCAUAUCAACCUUGGGUUAUAUCUCGACAUGCGUAAAGCAUCGGCCUACGAUACUCUAUGGGACGAUGUGACAAAGCAGUUCUUACAACAUACCGAUCCAUCUGUACUUGAAUCAGCUAUCAAAGCAAUCAACCAUCUUUCGAGCAAUGCCUCUAUGGCAGCGGCAAAUUCGACAAAGUUGACGGAACUUCAAGAAACAUUGUUCGCUUCUUUGCGCGAUGAGAUAGGAAGUGAUGAAGUAGCUCUGCUAUCACUAGAAGAGGAAAGCAUAGAUAAGCUGGAAGCCAUCACUCUGAGAAUACUGUUAUUGGAGAAGAGUAGAGAUUUGACCGAUGUUAUGGAAGACGAAGAGGGUCAGAGUAGCGGGUGGGACAUCAUUUGUGCUUUCGCCGAGAGAGGUAGAUUAGGCUACAAAGAGGAAGCUAAAAUGGUGGAGUAUGCCGUUCAGGUCAUCUUAUACCAUAUGACUUGGCUUUUCCGACGCUUUACGGAAGACGACGUGAAGGAUAACGAUAAAGUGUCUGCUCUAAAGAGCAAAAGGGAUAAAGCUGUGGAGGUUUUCCAAGAUCUCACUUUGGGAGAUAAUACAAACACUGUAGACACCGUUAGACGUCAGGCGUUCGUUUGCUUCCUCACUCUUCAUCUCUUGUUCUCCUACAGACCCCCUAAAGAUAAAGAUGUCAUCGUUUCCGCCGCUGCCAAAGCUUGUCCUCUCACUGUUGAAGAUGAAAUUCAACAUCGUUUAGGAGGUGCAUUCCUAGCCGCUGCCGAGAAAUAUGCAUCUGAAAGGGAAACACAUGAAUCCGAGGGCGCUACUGAAGCACCCGAAGACAUUAAGUUCCUCCAUCUUAGCUCCAUCUUAGUCGCCGCUAUCCGAAAAGGAGUAUUGGAAAUAGAACAUGCGAAGGAACCGCUCUCUCAUUAUGGUCGUCUUGGAUCAACAUACGAUGCCGUUGUCAGAAAGCUUGUGGACGCUUUGAGAGACGAGGGGAUCUAUAACAAAGAGAGCGAAACGGUUCAACAUGUCGCUGGGAGUGCAUUGCAGCAGUCCUUCACACUCUUCCUUGAUUCUGACUCUCAUGAGCCGGCAGCUCCUUUAGCUCUAUCUAAAUUGCUUGCCAACGCGUUCACGAUUCAUGGAAAUCAUUUCACCGUUCUCAAACAAUUACAUCCGUCCGAUGUAUCUGAUUUUCAUCUCGAGGCGCUGGAUUACAUUGCUCGCCGAAUCAGCAACUACGUCAAACAAGAAAGAGCAGCGAAGAAAGGCGAUCAGAAGACUCGAUUGCAAAUGAAGAGGUUUCAAGCUUUGACAUUCUUCAAACCUUUACUCCUGUUAUUACAGCCGGUAACACCUGAAGAUGCUCUGAAGAUAAAUUCUCAUCUGAACGACGCAAUGUCGUCAACCGGAGUAGAAGUAACCGUCAACAAGGCAUGGGAAGCAUAUCGAGCCUACGAGAGAAGACUAGACGGUAUAGCAAGUAAAGACCCAACAUUGAAAGCGGCAAGCAGGAAAGUCGUUCAAGAAGAAAGAGAAGACACUGUAGUAAACGGUGAUGAAGAUGAACUGGACGAUCAACCCACAACGCCCUCAAGAGAAAGAGUGGCAGCGAAUAGGAAUGGGAAUGGUGAUAGAUCAAGUCCGUUAUCGCCUACGUCUGAACCCGAGGACAACGAUGGAGAUGAGCCCGCAACCUCAACUCCAAGGAAAAGGCAAAGGGAAGAGGUAUCGCCACCUGCUUCUGAGGAUGACAGAUCACAUCAUUCACCUCCACCCGAGAACGAUGAAUCGAUGCAACUUGAUGUUGACGAGCCUGAAGAUGAUGAUGAUCUCGAAUUAACCUUAGAAGGAGUCGUACCCUCUCAAAGAGAAAGAUCAGAGAGUGUCGAGCCCACUGUAAAAAGAAGAAGGACAGUCAAAAGGUUUUAG